GCAACAUCGCCAUUACACUUUCCUCUCCUCACAAAAUACAGUGAACCAGAAAGCCUCAACGAUGCUCUUCAGUCUUCGCCUCUCUUUUAUCAGAUAACGCUGCAGAAAAUUACCAACAAUAUAAUAAACCCCCGCGCUUCAUCAAAAAUAACAAAACUGCCAACGCUCUUCCCAACAUUUGCACUCCAAUCUUCCGUUAUUAUCGAAAUUGCCACUACUCUACAAAUCAGGCUGAUUGAUUUUGUUGCUCUACUGGAGAUGAAUCGGGUGCUGACAAUCUUCGUGUUCCUCUUCUUCUUAUUCUUCUCCGCAAACGCUACCGCUGACCCAUGCAACCCCAGGGCCCAGCCGGGCAAACGGACGCUUCGAUCCGACCAGGUAACGGUCCUGAUCAACGGCUACUCCGAGUCCCGCAUCCCUCUCCUCCAGUCACUCGCAGCCACGUACGCCGGGUCCCCACUGGUAUCCUCUGUGCUCGUCCUCUGGGGAAACCCCUCCACCUCGGCCCAAACCCUGGCCCGUUUGGCCCAAAAUCUCUCACUCUCCUCCUCCUUCGGCGCAGCAUCGGUCUCCCUGGUCCGCCAACCUUCAAGCAGCCUCAACGCUCGGUUCCUCCCCCGACCCUCCUCCAUCCGGACCCACGUCGUUUUGAUUUGCGACGAUGACGUGGAAGUCGAUCAGCGAUCGUUCGAGUUCGCGUUCAGAAUAUGGGGAUCGAAUCGAGACCGUAUGAUCGGGUUCUUCGUGAGAUCGCACGAUCUGGAUCUGUCCAGGAAGGAGUGGAUCUAUACUGUACACCCGGACAAGUACUCGAUCAUGCUCACCAAGUUUAUGAUCUUGAAAAGUGAUUAUCUGUUCAAGUACAGCUGUGAAGGUGGGCCCAGGAUGGUCGAGAUGAGGAGGAUCGUGGAUCGAAUGCGGAACUGCGAGGACAUCCUGAUGAAUUUUGUGGUGGCAGAUGAGACGAAUGCGGGGCCCAUACUGGUGGGGGCAAAGAGGGCGAGAGAUUAUGGGGAUGCGCGGAACGACGGCGGUGAUGAACGGUGGGGAUUGAAGGGUGAGGGAGUGAAAGAGGUGGGGUUGAGCAGUAGGAGAGGGGAGCAUAGGAAGAGGAGGGGACAUUGCAUCAGGGAGUUCCAUAGGGUGAUGGGAAGAGUAGCUUUGAGGUAUGGUUAUGGGAAGGUCGUUAAUUCAGUUGGCGAACAAGGGUUGUGUGAGAAAGGAGGGCAUUUGGUGCUUUGUGAUCAGUAAGUUAGUAACAGGAAUAGCUUGCAUUGUAACAGUAAUUCAGUUGGUGAACAAGGAUAUCAAUUUGAAUUUCGAUCUGAAAUUUAUA